AUGGAGGGCCUUAGCUCCAUCAAGUGGGGAGCGUAUCGAGAGGGCGCCCGGUUCCAGUUGCCGCGAUUUGACUCGCUCAACCCCGAAGGUCCGGCCCUUUUAGAGGCAUACCAAGAUGUCCUCGAUAAAGAUGAAACAUUUACCCAGUAUUUUUGCGAUGAACGCCUUCAGAGCUAUGAACUCGAAUCAAACUUGAGACAGCUGCUCGGUAUUCGUCCUCCGCUAGUGGACGAGCCGGAAAGCUCCAACAAUCAGAAUGAUGUAUCAAUUAGUUGGAUCAACAUCUUCCGACAUGGCAAGUUUGAAAAGACAGAUGAUGACUUCUAUCAAUGCCGCAUGCAGGGCCGGCUUGUCAAGAUCGACGAGACGAUGCACAAGGCUAUCCUCGUGAACCGGUGCUUCCUUCCUCCAAACACGAACCCCUGGGUCAGCGCUGCGGACGUGACAAAGGAAUGUGAAGUCAAUGUAUCAAUCGAGGGAGACAUCCUGAAUGAGCUUCAUCGUCAGAUGAAAUAUGUCGAGCGACUUAAGCGACUGCAGCAAUCGCUGAAGAAGCGUCGUUAUAGGCUGCGGCGCGAUCAAGGCCCAGAAGCUUCGUCAUACAAAAGCUCCGACACGCCUCAAAGUUUUCGAAGCAACUACCCCAGUCCGACCGAUUCCAGCCAGAAGCUAUCAGUCCUAUCUCGCACUGCUAUAGAUUCCCAACACAAGUCCCGAGUCUCCACCUCAGUUGAGCCAUCUGUCGAUCUUAUGAAUCCAACUGUCUCGGUUGAGUAUCCGGAUGAACAGGGACGCAGUGCAUCUCCAUCCUCGUCAGAUGCAUCCACUGGGGUUGAUAUACCUUUUUCUCGCAACCAAAACAACAGAAAGAGGAAAAGUAUGAGUUCAGACCUUGAGCAGACUGUUGACGAGGGUUGGUCUUCACAGAACCAAACGCCGUUGCCACAUGAUACUUCCACGCCAUUCAUCUCCGCUUCCAAGAAGACCAAACUGGCUGCUUCCGAGGAAAACACCACAAUGGUCAAUGGUGUUGAUGCAGCGGCUAAGAGCCGCACACCGGUUCCAAGCAACAAGUCUGCUUGGCUUGCUUCUGUUCCUAAAGAGUAUCAGCCGGCUGCCGCGAACAGCCAUACUAUGAAUGGAAACGGCAAGACGGUAUCUGAGAGUCGCGAUACAAUGGGCGAAGGUCGCAGCGCAGUGGAUAAACGCAAGGGUGCGAUGGAUAUAAGCCCUGCCGAGACACCGAAGCCGAUGACACCGACUCAACGCGCCAAGCAGCCCGCACCUAACCACGCAACACCACCCAAGAGCAAGCGAGCCUUGAAUGGGGUCGCAAGUUCGUUACGCCAAGAAUAUGAGAAUGCAGGUCAGCCAAUCGACAUAACCUCAAGCCGUGCCUCGACCCCAGGCUUAAGCCAGGAAGCCAUGAGACUCGGUUCCGAGAUGGCUGGAUGGCAGGAGGGCUUCACACCAGUUCAGCCGCGCCCCAAAUUAGCAACUACGAAGACGAAGACCAAGCCAAAAACCAAGGAGCCGAAGAAAGGUGUCCGGGUCCGGAAUAACUUCACCCAGGAAGAGUUCGAUUUCGCGCCGGCCUGGCUGAAACCCAGGUUUGAGGCCGGCAUCUCCCCAGCUCAACUCGAGCAAGAAUAUGAGGCCAGAUUCGGUGUUCUGCACCGUCACAACACCCUCAAGCUUUGGCUGGACCGACAGGAAGCAAAGUCUGGUGUUGUCCCCACCAAAAUUGUGGUAUUAAAGUUUCGAUCCCAUCCUCUCCGGAAUCUUUCGAGUGACAGUUUAUAG